UGUUUAACAAACCAGUAUACAGAGGCAACGAGGGGAAAAUAUUCAGCAAAAGUAUGUCCAUGAGGAUCGCAAGCUACAAACGAACCGCGGUGCUGGGGUUACUGUGGAUAACGAUGGCCGAGGCGAUAGGAGAUGUUAUGACCCUGGAGGAAGUGACGUCUGCAGUGGAAGCUGCAGAGGCUUGGCGGGAAUGCCCGGAUGCUGAAACCUACAAGGCUUACAUGACGUCAUGUGUUCUCACCUUUGCUGAGGACGUCAGUUUGCUUGGGAACGACACCAGAUGUGUUUGGCCAGAACCGUCCCUGCCAGCCUUGCGGCCCUACCAGAGACUAACAGACUGCGCCAAGCUGGUUGGACAACUCACCGACUGUCGCGACGCCGUGGUGCUGAACAGGUUCAUGCUGGCCCUCCACAGAAUAGUGUACGUGGGCUGUCCCAGACCCCCGGAGCACAUGCUGGAAGCCCCACCACACAUCAUAGCCUGUUUCGUUACCUUGACAACCACCAUGACAAUCGCGGUCGCCAUCAUGCUUUCCUUGUCAAGAAAUCCACCAAUCAAGAUACGCCGUACAUAAUUCCUUUAGCACUACUAUCAAUUUUGAAAGACAAUCCAGUAACACAAAAGAAAUGUGUUUGUGUGUUUUUGCAAAGUUUAUGAAUACAAAGUUUUAUGUUAUGUACAAUAUUUAUGUAAAAAAAAUCCAUAUCAUAUAUAGCCAAAUCUGUGUACCCUCUCAAAAAUCUCUACCAGACGAAAUGUAUGUAAUAGUGGUCCGAAUUAUUCUGUUCGUCUCCGAUAUCAUAAAUUGCGAUGGAUGAAACUAUUAAAUUGGCUGUAAAGUGAGAAAUGCGAUCGUCCAAAAUGAACACAGACUUAGUCACUGUCCAAGUACUUACUAA